AUGGCAUGCCAAGGCAUGUGCUGGGAUGGCAUGCCAAGGACAAGCAUGUGCUGGGAAGGCAUGCCAAGGCCAAGACAAGGCCAAGGCAAGCACAUGCAUCGUGAGCGAGAUGAGACGGUUACAUUUACCCCAAGAGUGCCCAAGCAGCUUGCCAGCCAUGUUGGGUAUUAUUCUACGGAUGAGAUGAUGGCACAAGGAUGA